AAUCUAUCAAACAGAAGCCGCAUACUAUUUGUUUAUUAAAGUUAAGUCACACUCGAGAAAACUAACAUUGAAAAAUUAAUUUCAAGUAUGUUUUUUCUACAUCUCAUAACUUUUAAUUAAAGUUCCAUACAGUGAUUGGCCGCGCAACAACUGCAUAAACUGAACCUAACCUCAACACCGGAGUGGAUCUGCAUCGAAAACUUGAAUAUUUUCUACCAAGAAUGCUUUGAUAUCAAUAAUUAUUCGUGAAAAGUAGGAAAUCUAGAUAUAAAAAUGAGCAAACGAGGGAAAAUCCCCUCGCUCAUGCAGGCGCAGCAGUUUAUAAAAAUUCGCGAAAAGGAGCACAGUAUUCUGCAGCAACAGCAGAAAAUUCAACAGCAAAGGCAACAGCAACAACAAAAAAUGCAGCAAAAACAGGGCCAAGGACCAGUAACUCCAGUUGUUUUAGAUUCGUCAACAGCUUUAAAAAUAAUUUCCAGCUCUGUCAUGUUCAACGAACGUGCACUGAUGGGACGAAACGACACUUGGCACAAGAUUCAGAUUUCCCGAGGCGGUAAGUUCGAAAUGGAGUUUAUCCUCAAAAGUGUCCUUAGUGCAGUCCAUCCCGCAGAUUUGAUUCCCGUAAGAUAUCAAAUUCUCGGCGAAGAUAGUUUUUUCCUUGCCCGAAAUUGUGGUCCCGCUCUCGAGAAACUGUGUCAAUCCAGUUUGAUCAUAAACGAUUUAAACGGAGAACCUCUCGUUUUGACAAUAACUUUAGGAUUCGCGUCGAUUCACGACAUCAAAAUCAACAUCCAACCUCUCCUUAUUUCUCUAAUAAAUAAACGACACGAUACGGCACAACGGUCCAUUUAUCUCGACUCGUUUCACCGAGACGGCGAAAUUUCGAGAACAGUUUAUUGUCCUCUGACACAGUCGCGGACUUUUAAUCACGUUUUGAAAUUGAUAAAAACCUCGGUUCCACCCGUCACUUCUCUCAGUCUCCGGGGAAAUGAAUUAACUAAUUUAGCGGCAGUCGAGAGUGCAAAUUUGAAUACUUUGCAGUCCCUGGAUUUGAGAAACAACAGACUUUUAAUGGUUGACGCACUCGCACCUUUGAAAAAUAAUCCCCUCCGCGAAAUUUGGCUCGAUGGGAAUCCACUCUGUGAAAAUUAUUCCUCCCCGCACAAAUAUAUCGAGGCUGUCAAAAAAUAUUGUCCGAAUUUGCUCAAAUUGGACGGAGUUCUCGUUCAGUCCGGACUGCCAAAUGCUCCGGUUAUGUAUCAAAAUUAUAUAAAAAGUGAGAGAGCGAAACCGAUUGUGGAUCAGUUCGUGACACAUUUUUUCACUCUCUAUGAUCAGAAAGACAGGAGCAUUUUGCGAGGAAUUUACCAUGAGGAUGCAAUGUUUUCGAUGACCCUGAGUCCACCGCCUUCUGACGUUGGUCGACAAAACCUUCUGAAUUUUAUGUCAAAUAACCGAAAUAUUCUCAACCUAAACGAUUUUGGCUCCUAUCGGAAUCUACUUUUUCAAGGACACGAUUGUAUUAUUGACACGAUUUCAAGAUAUCCACCGACACAACACAUGAGGAAGAGUUUCACUGUCGAUCUGAUGUUUGCGGACUCGAAUUUUCUGAUGAUUUGCGUCGAAGGAAUCUUUAGAAAUUUGGAUACGAUGCUCGGUUUUAACAGAACUUUCGUCAUCGUUCCCGGGGAUGAGAAUGAAUAUAAUAUUAUGAAUGAUCAACUGCAUGUCUAUUUUCUACAGCCCGGAUCUCUAUUACCAAGUUUUACGAAAUUUUAUGAGGCGGAAGAACCGCCGGAAAUUCAACCAACUUGUCUCAGCGAAAAGGAGAAGGAAGAACUUGUGGAUAUGUUCUGUGAAAUCACGACCAUGAAUACGAAAUAUUGUCAAAGGCAUUUGGAAGAUAUUGGCUGGGACAUCAGAAAAGCGGUCAAAGACUUCAUGUAUUUGUAUAAAAAUGGUUGUGUUCCACGAGAGGCGUUUAUUAAGUAAGAUUUUUCCAUUUUUCUUCUUUAUUCUUAUAGUAUGGAGUGUGAGAAUUUUAGCUGGUAAAUAUUUCAAUCAAUAACAAAUUAAGGUUCGCGUGUGACAAGAUUUUUUAAAAAUGUAUAGAUUCAGAUUAUUGUGAAAUAUAUUAAAAA